CUUUGUCUCUCUGUAUCUCAAGCAGUAACCUGUCACUUUACAAACCCGCCAUGGAAGAAGAAGAGCCUGUAACCCCAGUCGGGCGGUUCUUCGUGCAGGAGGAAAUUAACCAAGUUAUCAACUGCGUAAUAGGUCUCAAAAACCCAAUUAACAUAGAAUCCAUUAAAGCCGAAAUAAAGAAUUCCAUCAUGAUUCAACAUCCUAGAUUUCAAAGUGUUCUAGUCAGAAACAAGAACGGUAGAGAAUAUUGGGAAAGAACCCAAAAUGUGAAUUUAAAUAACCACAUAUUUCUCAUUCAAGAUGCGGAUGAUAUCUGUACCAAUGAUGAUGAUGAUGAAAUCGUGAAUAAAUACGUUGCAGAUCUUACAGUUUCAUCGCCUCUCGGUAUCGAUAAACCCUUAUGGGAACUACAUAUAUUGAAGGAUCAAAACGUUUUAGUAUGGAGAAUUCAUCAUGCUUUAGGUGACGGGGUUUCGUUAAUGUCUUUGAUUUUAGCUAUGUGUAGGAAAGUUGAUGAUCCUGAUCAGUUGCCCGCUAUCCCAAAGCCAGUCAUAAAAAACAACAACAGAAGUCGUCGUGAGAAUAUAUGGGAACUGGUAAUGAGAAUCUGGUUGAGUUUUGUGUACACAAUGGAAUUGUUUCUUAGAUGUUUGUGUUGUAAAAGAGAUGGUAAAACCAAGAUAAGUGGUGGGUCUGGCGUUGAAUUCUGGCCAAGAAAAUUAGCUACCGCUAAGUUCAAAUUAGACGAUAUGAAAGCUGUCAAGAAUGCCGUCCCUAACGCGACCAUCAAUGAUGUUCUCUUCGGAGUGAUUUCGGCUGGAUUAUCGCGAUACUUGGAUUAUCAUCAACCGUCAAAUUCAAAAGUGCAAGAGGGGCUUCGAAUCACAGGAUUAGGAAUGGUUAACCUCAGGAAACAGCCUGGAUUACAGGAUAUGUUAGAAUUGGUGAAAAGCAAAUCAGUGUCAAGUUGGUGGGGCAAUAAAUUUGGCUUUAUAUUACUCCCAGUUUAUCACCAUAGAAACGUUGAUAACGAUCCACUUCAGUAUGUAAAGAGAGCUAAAGAUAUGCUUGACAAAAAGAAGCUCUCUUUGGAAGCUCAUAUCGCUUAUGCAAUUGGAAAUUUUGUAAUGUCAUUUUUGGGUCCCAAGGUCGCAAUGUGGCUUAAUAACAGAGUUUGCAAUACAAGUUUUACGAUAUCAAAUGUUGUUGGUCCACAAGAAGAGAUUAUGUUUGGAGGAAAUCCAAUAACUUCAUUUAGAGUAACCUCAACUAGUUUAUCUCAUGCACUCACGAUGCAUAUUGUGAGUUAUGCUGGAAAAGCAGAAAUGCAGAUUCUCGUGGCCAAGGAUGUUAUACCGGACCCUCAAUUCCUCGCCAAGUCUUUCGAAGAUGCAUUGCUUGAAAUGAAGGAUGUUUCUAAAGAUUGUAUUUAGACCCAAGAUCCAUAAUAUUUGUAGAAGAGUGACCGCAAAUUUACCACAAAAAGAUUAAGGUACAAAUGAGAUUUUUCCUUCC